AAUGGCCGGCUUGAAGUGCGAAAUGCGACAACGAUUUUGACAAUGAUUUUAACUGACUUCAAACGAUUCAGUCGCCCUUUGUCUUGUUAAACAAUUCCAAGAUGGUUGGAGGGUCAGUCAGUGGAAAACCAUUCAAACCUGAUCCAACCUCAUAUGAACAGACUGGAAUUCCAUGUGGAAAUCCUGCUCGUUACCAAAGCCGAGGAGUUGUUCGCAUGAACAGGGAUGACUCUCAGCCAUUUGAAGAUCAACGUCUUGGAAUCCCAGGGACUGUGACAGAGUCUGAAGCUGACCAGCAUCUUAGAGGAAUGGUGAAGAAUCAGUUAGACACUCAUGUUACUUUAGAAAGUGAGUUGAACCGAAAGAAGUCAUUUCAAUCAUCAUCUUCUUAUGCACCAUUUUGUCCUGAUAAAACGGGUGCUUUGAGCUUAAAAGAUUACCAGUCACUGCAGAGUCAUGAGCAGUAUGUACAAACUCUUAAAGAGUGUGGCUUCAACCAAGAUGAAAUCCAGUUCAAACUUGAACAGGAGGGUUAUGUGCCAAAGGCACCAAAACGAGGUCGCUAUGGAAUUAACCCUGUUGCUGAGCAAGAGAAAGUGAAUGAUCUUGAAAAAAGAAUUCAAAUGCGAGAAGAGGCUCUGUCCUCUCCAGAUUUGUAUUCUAAUGUGCGGGUUCUGAGCAGGCAUGCACUAGAGGUGGAACAGUCACUUCAGAAAGGCACAGAGAAAGCCAACAGUUUAAGCCAUUUAGUGCAACCAAGAAAACAAGCCGUUCCUGUGAAUGAUCCACUCUUGCAAACUCUGCUGGAAGCAGAUAGAAUAUUAUCAAAAUCAAAACAGGGACUCGCUUCUUCUAACAGCCAAGAGACACCCAAGCACAAUAUCAGUCAACAUCCCUCGAAAAUAACUGACGAUUCCAGCCAAGAUUUUUUGGACAAAGGAGAACCAUUUGAAAACAGUGUCGCUGAAAGUAGUUCAGCCUACAGGGAGAGUGGAGUUUCCAGCUUGCCGGCUAGCAUUGUGCCUAUUGACAAAAAGGAAAUAAUUCAAAAUAGACUGUCGCUGGAACAAAUCAAGGAAAUUCCAAAGUUUGCAGACUAUAAUCCAGGAGAGCCGAACAAGGUCCUUUUUAUCAAGAAUCUUCAUCACAAGGUAACAGAGGCAGACCUAGUCUCUCUCUUCUUAGGAUUCCAGGAGAAACUGGGACCUAAAAUUACCUUCAGGUUAAUGAAAGGAAAGAUGAAUGGACAAGCUUUUGUUACUAUGCCAGAUAUUGACACAGCAACUGCAGCCCUGAAUCUGGUAAACGGUUAUUUGUUUAAAGGCAAACCUGUAAUUAUUCAAUAUGGCAAACAAAGGAAGGAUUCCUCUGACAAAAACGACAAGAACGUGGAUACUCACGGAACGUCUUUCACGUAACCGCUG